AGGGUUCCCCCCCACACCCCCCCACGGUCGCAGCGCCCACGUGACCGACAGCAGGCCUCCACCGGCCCGCCCCUUUCGGCCGCAGCAGCCCACUUCCCGCUCGGGGUGCGUACGCGACGGAGCGGGGUGUGAAGAUGGCGGACGAAGAGGCCGAGCAGGAGAGGUUGAGUCGCGGCGGAGGCGGCUGCGUCGCGGAGCUGCAGCGCCUGGGCGAGCGGCUGCAGGAGCUGGAGCGACAGCUGCGGGAGAGCCGCGUGCCGGCCGUGGAAGCGGCCACGGAGUACUGUCAGCAGCUGUGCCAGACACUCCUUGAAUAUGCAGAGAAAUGGAAAACUUCAGAAGAUCCUUUACCUUUAUUGGAGGUAUACACAGUGGCUAUCCAAAGUUAUGUUAAAGCCCGACCUUAUCUUACCUCUGAAUGUGAAAAUGUAGCAUUGGUUCUGGAACGCUUGGCAUUAAGCUGUGUUGAACUUUUAUUGUGCCUACCUGUCGAGUUAUCAGAUAAACAGUGGGAACAGUUUCAGACACUGGUGCAGGUAGCUCAUGAAAAGCUGAUGGAGAAUGGCAGCUGUGAAUUGCAUUUUUUAGCUACUCUAGCUCAAGAGACUGGGGUGUGGAAAAACCCGGUACUGUGCACUAUUCUUUCCCAGGAACCAUUGGAUAAGGAUAAAGUGAAUGAAUUUUUAGCUUUUGAGGGUCCCAUCUUGUUGGAUAUGAGAAUUAAACAUCUAAUCAAAACCAAUCAGUUAAGUCAAGCAACUGCUCUAGCAAAGCUGUGUUCUGACCAUCCAGAGAUUGGUACAAAAGGUAGUUUUAAGCAAACUUACCUUGUUUGUCUUUGUACAUCAUCACCAAAUGAAAAGUUAAUGGAAGAGAUCUCAGAAGUUGAUUGCAAAGAUGCACUAGAAAUGAUCUGUAACUUAGAAUCUGAGGGUGAUGAAAAAAGUGCUCUUGUCUUAUGUACUGCAUUUCUAUCACGUCAGCUCCAACAAGGAGAUAUGUACUGUGCUUGGGAACUCACUCUCUUUUGGAGUAAAUUACAGCAAAGAGUAGAACCAUCUAUACAAGUGUACCUAGAAAGAUGUCGUCAGCUUUCUCUGUUAACCAAGACGGUAUAUCACAUUUUCUUCCUGAUUAAAGUUAUUAAUUCUGAGACUGAAGGGGCUGGACUUGCCACCUGUAUAGAACUAUGUGUAAAAGCCCUUCGUUUGGAAUCUACAGAAAAUACUGAAGUGAAAAUAUCUAUUUGCAAGACCAUUUCCUGCUUGUUGCCUGAUGAUCUGGAAGUUAAACGUGCUUGUCAACUGAGUGAAUUUCUUCUUGAGCCUACAGUAGAUGCAUAUUAUGCUGUGGAAAUGUUGUAUAACCAGCCAGAUCAGAAAUAUGAUGAAGAAAAUCUUCCAAUACCAAAUUCUCUACGCUGUGAGCUCUUACUGGUAUUGAAAACUCAGUGGCCCUUUGAUCCAGAAUUCUGGGAUUGGAAAACCUUAAAACGACAAUGUCUUGCAUUAAUGGGGGAAGAAGCAUCCAUUGUGUCUUCAAUAGAUGAACUAAACGACAGUGAAGUUUAUGAGAAAGCAGUAGACUACCAGGAAGAGAUAAAAGAAACUUCUAUGAAUGGACUUUCUGGUGGAGUUGGUGCUAAUUCUGGCCUUCUCAAAGACAUCUGUGAUGAAAAGCAGAAGAAGAGAGAGAUAAAACAAUUAAGAGAGAGAGGAUUUAUAUCUGCUAGGUUUAGGAAUUGGCAAGCCUACAUGCAGUAUUGUGUGUUGUGUGACAAAGAAUUCCUUGGUCAUAGAAUAGUACGACAUGCUCAAAAACAUUACAAAGAUGGGAUUUACAGUUGCCCUAUAUGUGCAAAGAACUUCAAUUCUAAAGAAACUUUUGUCCCUCAUGUCACAUUGCAUGUUAAACAAUCUAGUAAAGAGAGACUAGCAGCUAUGAAACCAUUAAGAAGAUUGGGGAGGCCACCUAAGAUCACAACUACCAAUGAGAAUCAAAAGACUAAUGCUGUGACCAAGCAGGAACAGCGGCCUAUAAAAAAGAAUAGUCUCUAUUCAACAGAUUUCAUAGUAUUUAAUGACAAUGAUGGUUCAGAUGAUGAGAAUGAUGACAAAGAUAAAUCUUAUGAGCCAGAAGUGAUCCCAGUCCAGAAACCAGUACCUGUUAAUGAAUUUAAUUGCCCUGUAACUUUUUGUAAAAAGGGCUUUAAGUACUUUAAAAAUUUAAUCGCUCAUGUAAAGGGACAUAAGGAUAAUGAAGAUGCCAAGCGCUUUCUUGAAAUGCAAAGCAAAAAAGUUAUUUGCCAAUACUGUAGACGUCAUUUUGUAAGUGUUACUCAUCUUAAUGAUCACCUACAAAUGCACUGUGGCAGUAAACCAUAUAUCUGUAUACAGAUGAAAUGUAAGGCUGGUUUUAAUAGUUACGCAGAGCUCUUAACACACCGAAAGGAACAUCAAGUCUUUAGAGCGAAAUGUAUGUUUCCUAAAUGCGGCAGAAUUUUUUCAGAAGCUUACUUACUAUAUGAUCAUGAAGCACAGCAUUAUAAUACCUAUACUUGUAAGUUCACAGGUUGCGGUAAAGUUUAUCGUUCUCAGAGUGAGCUAGAAAAGCAUCUGGAUGAUCACAGUACUCCUGAAAAAGUUCUGCCUCCUGAAGACCAACUUAAUUCAUCUGGAGAUUGUGUUCAGCCUUCUAAAGUGAAUCAGAACACAGAAGUGAGCAUUGAGAAAGAGAGGUCUAUGCUUUCUUCAGAAAAUAACAUUGAAAACGCCUUACCAGCAGAGAGAAGUGAUGCUUGGGAUAAAAGCAAAACAGAAUCAGCUGUGACCAAACAAGACCAGAUUUCUGCAUCAGAGCUCAGGCAAGCUGAUGGACCAUUGUCAAAUGGUUUGGAAAACCCAGUGACUACUCCUCUGCUUCAGGCCAGUGAAGUGGCUGUGUCCAUUAAAGUGUCCCUCAAUCAGGGGAUCGAGGAUAACUUUGGAAAGCAAGAAAACUCAACUGUGGAAGGCACUGGUGAAUCAUUGGUCACAAACUUACAUACACCGGUUGAAGAUACUUGUAAUGAUUUGUGUCGUCCAGGUUUUCAAGAAAGAAAAGAACAGGAUUGCUUUAAUGAAGCCCAGAUAACUCAGAAUCCUUUAGUAAAUUCAGAAACCCUUAAAAUAGGUGACCUUACCCCACAAAACUUAGAAAGGCAAGUGAACAACCUGAUGACCUUUUCUGUGCAAAACCAGGCAGGAUUUCAAAACAGUUUACCAGCUUCUAAGUUUGAAUGUGGAGGUAAUGUUAAAACAUCAUCCAGUCUUUAUAAUUUACCUCUUAAGACAUUGGAAAGUAUCACAUUUGUUCCAUCACAGCCCAACCCAAGUAGUUCUUUAGGAACUCCAUCAGUGCCUCCAAAAGCGCCAGGUCAGAAAUUCAGUUGCCAGGUUGAGGGAUGUACUCGAACCUAUAAUUCUUCACAGAGUAUUGGGAAACACAUGAAGACAGCACACCCUGACCAGUAUGCGGCAUUUAAAAUGCAGCGCAAAAGUAAAAAAGGUCAAAAAUCGAACAACUUAAAUACACCAAAUAAUGGCAAGUUUGUUUAUUUUUUGCCAUCACAGGUGAGCAGCUCUAACAAUGCAUUUUUUACACCACAGACCAAAGCCAAUGGGAAUCCUACUUGUUCAAAUCAGUUGCAGCAUGUCUCGCCUUCCAUUUUUCCAGCUCAUUUAGCAAGUGUGUCAGCUCCACUGUUGCCCUCAGUGGAAAGUGUCAUAAAUCCAAAUAUACCUUCUCAGGAUAAAAAUGAACAAGGUGGUGGUAUUAUAUGUUCCCAAAUGGAAAAUUUAUCUACUACUGCCUUGCCAGCACAAAUGGAAGAUCUAACCAAAACAGUUUUGCCUUUGAAUAUUGACAGUGGCUCGGAUCCUUUCCUUCCUUUACCUGCAGAAAGUAGUUCAAUGUCUCUUUUCCCUUCACCAGCAGAUAAUGGGGCUAAUUCUGUUUUUUCCCAGCUGGAAAAUAAUACAAAUCAUUUUUCCUCACAGAUUGAAGGAAACACCAAUUCCUCCUUUCUAAAGGGAGGCAAUGGUGAAAAUGCAGUUUUUCCUUCGCAAGUCAAUGUUGCAAAUGACUUUAAUAGCACCAGUGCCCAACAGUCUGCCCCUGAAAAAGUUAAAAAAGACCGUGGGCGGGGCCCAAAUGGGAAGGAAAGAAAACCCAAGCACAACAAAAGGGCCAAAUGGCCUGCAAUUAUCAGAGAUGGGAAAUUUAUCUGUAGCAGGUGUUACAGGGCUUUUACUAAUCCCAGAUCUCUGGGUGGACACUUGUCUAAGCGAUCUUACUGUAAACCACUGGAUGGAGCAGAAAUUGCUCAAGAACUUCUACAGAAUAAUGGACAGCCUUCUCUUCUUGCCAGCAUGAUUCUCUCCACAAAUGCAGUAAAUUUGCAGCAGCCUCAACAGUCUACCUUCAACCCAGAAGCGUGUUUUAAAGAUCCAUCAUUCCUGCAACUUCUUGCUGCUGAAAAUCGCUCAUCAACAUUUUUACCAAAUACAUUUCCCCGGACUGGUGUGACUAGCUUUAGUACCAGUGUUAGUCAAGAAGGAAGUGAAAUUAUUAAACAGGCUUUGGAAACUGCUGGCAUUCCCAGUACAUUUGAGGGUGCUGAAAUGCUUUCUCAUGUUCCAGCAGGUUGUGUUUCAGAUGCAGCACAAGUAAAUGCAACAGUGAUGCCAAACCCAGCUGUGCCACCCCUGUUGCAGACUGUAUGCCACCCAAACGCCCUGCUGACAAACCAGAAUAGGACACCAAACUCCAAAACUUCCUCCAUUGAGGAAUGCAGCAGUUUACCUGUUUUCCCAACAAAUGACUUACUACUGAAGACUGUUGAAAAUGGUUUGUGUUCUAGUUCAUUCCCUAAUUCUAGUGGGCCAUCACAAAAUUUUACCAGUAACAGUUCACGUGUUUCAGUUAUAAGUGGUCCUCAGAACACAAGGUCUAGUCAUUUAAAUAAAAAGGGAAACAGUGCUUCGAAGAGAAGAAAGAAAGUUGCCCCUCCCCUAAUUGCACCCAAUGCUUCCCAAAACUUGGUAACAAGUGACUUGACAGCAAUGGGACUUAUAGCAAAGAGUAUUGAGAUACCAACCACUAACCUCCAUUCAAAUGUAAUUCCAAAUUGUGAGCCUCAGGGUUUGGUGGAAAACCUAGCACAGAAAUUAAAUAAUGUUGACAAUCAGUUAUUUAUUACUGAUGUGAAAGAAAACUUUAAAACCAAUCUUGAGUCCCAUACGGUGUUAGCUCCUUUAACAUUAAAAACUGAAAAUGGGGAUUCCCAAAUGAUGGCUUUGAAUUCAUGCACAACUUCAAUAAAUUCUGAUUUGCAGAUUUCUGAAGACAAUGUUAUACAAAACUUUGAAAAGACUCUUGAGAUUAUUAAAAGUGCUAUGAAUUCUCAAAUACUAGAGGUAAAAAGUGGAUCUCAGGGUGUUGGUGAAACAUCACAGAAUGCUCAAAUAAAUUAUAACAUUCAGCUUCCUUCAGUACACACUGUACAAAAUAGCAAGUUACCUGAUUCUUCUCAGUUUUCCUCCUUCAUAGGUGUAUUGCCAGCAAAAAGUAACAUUCCUCAGUCUGAAGUAUUACAUAAGGAGGAUCAAAUACAGGAAAUUUUAGAAGGCUUACAGAAAUUAAAAUUAGAAAAUGACCUGUCCACUCCAGCAUCUCAGUGUGUACUAAUAAAUACAUCAGUGACACUGACUCCCACUCCCAUUAAACCAAUCCCAAAUGUCACAGUGGUUCAGCCAGUUUCUGAAAUGAUAAGCAACAUUCAGUUUAGUGACAAAGUUAAUAAACCCUUUGUGUGUCAAAACCAAGGGUGUAAUUAUAGCGCUAUGACAAAGGAUGCUUUAUUUAAGCACUAUGGUAAGAUUCAUCAAUACACUCCAGAGAUGAUUCUUGAAAUUAAGAAGAAUCAGUUGAAAUUUGCUCCAUUUAAAUGUGUAGUGCCUACCUGCACAAAAACAUUUACAAGAAAUUCUAAUCUCCGAGCACACUGCCAGUUGGUCCAUCAUUUUACAACAGAAGAAAUGGUAAAGUUAAAAAUAAAAAGGCCUUAUGGAAGAAAAUCUCAGAGUGAAAAUUUGUCAGCUCCACGAAUUGCACAAGUAAAAAGACAGCUAACUAUGACAGAGGAAAAUAAAAGGGAGUUCCAGCCUGCUUUAGAAUUGGGAGCAAUGAAGGAAAAUGCCCUCAGUAAUACAGCAGUGAUCCCAGAAAAACAACUUGUAGAAAAAAAAAGUCCUGAAAAAACAGAAAGUUCUUUGCAAGUGAUUACAGUUACUUCAGAACAAUGUAAUACAAAUUCUCUCACAAACAUACAAACCAAAGGGCGGAAAAUUAGGAGACAUAAAAAAGAAAAGGAGGAGAAAAAACGCAAGAAGCCAGUUUCCCACUCCCAUGAGUUUCCAACAAGAUACAGUCCCUACAGACCUUAUCGAUGUGUUCACCAAGGUUGCUUUGCCGCUUUCACUAUACAGCAAAACUUAAUUCUGCAUUACCAGGCUGUGCACAAAUCAGAUCUACCUGCAUUUUCUGCAGAGAUUGAAGAGGAAAGUGAAGCUGGUAAAGAAAGUGAAGAGAUUGAAACUAAACAAACUGUGAAAGAAUUUCGAUGUCAGGUGAGUGACUGUUCUCGAAUCUUCCAAGCAAUUACUGGCCUGAUCCAGCACUACAUGAAACUUCAUGAAAUGACUCCUGAGGAAAUUGAAAGUAUGACUGCUUCUGUGGAUGUUGGGAAAUUUCCAUGUGACCAGUUAGAGUGUAAAUCUUCAUUUACUACAUAUUUGAACUAUGUUGUUCAUCUUGAGGCAGAUCAUGGAAUUGGGAUAAAGGGAAAUAAAACUGAAGAAGAUGGCAUAUACAAGUGUGACUGUGAAGGCUGUGACCGUAUAUAUGCAACUCGGUCAAAUCUCCUCCGACACAUUUUUAAUAAGCAUAAUGACAAACAUAAAGCUCAUUUGAUUCGGCCAAGAAGAUUAACACCUGGUCAGGAAAAUAUAUCAAGCAAGGCAAACCAAGAAAAGACAAAGUCUAAACAUCGGGGUACAAAACACAGAUCUGGAAAGGAAGGAAUAAAAAUGCCUAAGACUAAACGAAAGAAAAAAAAUAGUUUAGAAAACAAGACUGCGAAAAUUGUGCAGAUUGAAGAAAAUAAACCUUAUUCUCUGAAACGUGGAAAGCAUGUAUAUUCUAUAAAGGCUAGGAAUGAUGCCUUGUCUGAGUGUACAAGCAGAUUUGUAACCCAGUAUCCAUGUAUGAUAAAAGGGUGUACAUCAGUUGUUACAAGUGAAAGCAAUAUAAUUAGACAUUAUAAAUGCCAUAAAUUAUCAAAGGCAUUUACAUCACAACACCGUAAUCUUCUCAUUGUCUUCAAACGGUGUUGCAACUCACAAUUAAAGGAAACUUCUGAGCAAGAAGUUGAUAAGAGUGAUGUGAAAAAUUCUGACACAUGUGUACCAGAGAGCAGUGAUAACUCCAGAACAGCUACAGUUCCACAGAGGGAAACUGAAAAAAAUGAAAAAGACGAAAUGGAUGAGCUAACAGAAUUAUUUAUUACAAAAUUAAUAAACGAAGACAAUGCAAGUGUGGAGACCCAAGCUCAUACCUCUUCAAAUGUAAGUAAUAAUUUUCAGGAAAGUAACCCCUGCCAGUCAGAAAAACAAAAAACAAGUAAUUUGAAGAGAGUUAAUAAAGAAAAAAAUGUCUCCCAAAAUAAAAAGAGGAAAGUUGAAAAAGCUGAACCAACAUCGGCAGUUGAGUUAAGUAGCACACAUAAAGAAGAAGAAACUGCUGUUGCAAUUCAGACUACGGAGGAGCAUCCUGCAUCUUUUGACUGGAGCUCGUUUAAACCAAUGGGAUUUGAAGUAUCAUUUCUGAAGUUUCUUGAAGAGUCUGCAGUGAAGCAGAAGAAAAAUUCUGACAAAGACCAUCCAAAUAGUGGAAAUAAGAAAGGGUCCCAUUCAAAUUCAAGAAAAAAUAUUGACAAGACUGCUGUGACUAGUGGAAAUCAUGUAUGUUCUUGUAAAGAAAGUGAAACCUUUGUACAGUUUGCCAAUCCAUCACAGCUUCAGUGCAGUGAUAAUGUAAAAAUUGUUUUAGACAAGACUCUUAAAGAUUGCACUGAACUUGUGUUAAAACAGCUUCAGGAAAUGAAACCUACCGUCAGUCUGAAAAAACUUGAAGUACAUUCAAAUGAUCCAGAUGUGUCUGUUAUGAAAGAAAUUAGUUUGGGUAAAGCAACAGGGAGAGGGCAGUACUGAUACCUAAUGUAAUAUAAAUACAUCAUUUACGGUUUUAUUUUAAAUAGGAAGUCAUCACGCAUGCUAGAAUUGUGACACUUCAUUAAUUUUUGUUGUUGACAUGAAUUAACCUGGCCGAAAAAAGGAAAAAAAAAAACAAACAUGACAUUUGUCAUGUAAAACUUUUUUUUUUUAUCCCUAUGGGACUUGAGGAACAGAAUCAAUACUUCAGUUAUUGUAAAUAGUUGAGCUACACCUCAGAUUUCUAUCAGCCAGUUGCCCUUUCCAUGAACUAAUCUGAAUUAUCUGUGUGAUUGAUAUGUUUCACCAGGUCACUGCUCAUGUAGAACAGUACUCUGUAGAUAUCUUUUUUGUAUAUAUUUAUUAUUGUAAAUCAUUUGCUGCCACCAGCAGUGUGUAAGUCUAAACUAUUAAAUGACACAUUUAUAUUUGGAAUUUUAAUUUUUAACUAAGUGAUCAAGUUUUUAAAACUGUUCUUUUAUUGUUUUAAAUUAAGAAUUUUUCAAACUAAAAGUAGAAACUCUGCCAUAGUUCAUUGAUUUUUACAUAAAACAUUUAUUUACAAGAUCUCAAAAUUACUUUUCACAAAGUAGGCACAUUGUAUCAACACCUUGCUCUGCUUUGUAAAUUUAUCCUCUAGGAUUUGGGGAUGGUAUUCAUGUGAAAUUAUAGCAGAUUCUUUAGCAGUUUCCUAUAGCGACAGUUUUUUCAUUGCUUCUAAUUGGAUAUAGUUAUUAUGGUUCCAUGAAAUAUAAUGGAAAUGUGAAUAAAGAAUUUACUACAUCAAAGAUUUUAAACAUUUGGUAUUAAAAAAAAAUCCGUUGUGAAUGUGAUAGAAACUAGUAGUGUGGAGCAGUGUAAAUAUUUGAGGUGGUGAUUUGUGAAGUAGCCCAGUAUUGCCUUAAAUAAAAUCACAUUUCAUUUCUUGUUUUAUA